AUGGCCAAAAAGCCCACAAAAAAUUGUCUGAUCAAAAAUGCAGACAUGUUGGAGGAGGUGCAACUGAACUCGGUGGACUGUGGGACUCAGGUGUUGCAGAAAUACAACAGAGAGAAGAAUAUUGUGGCCCAGAUCAAAAAGGAGUUUGAUAAGAAGUACAACCCCACCUGGCACUGCAUCAUGGAAGGAAACUUUGGUAGUUAUGUGACACAUGAAACUAAGCAAUUCUUUUACCUGGGCCAAGUGGCCAUGGUUCAGCUCAAAUCUGGUUAA